CAUCAGAACUUUAUUCUGGCAUUGAAGAUUUGUGAGAAAUGUUUGAAGUUUAAACUAACCAAAGCAGUUUGUUAAAUAUACCAACCUUGUAAAUAUUGUAGAUAGGUGAAACUUUGAUAUCAACAAAUUUGUGAAAAUGGAAGAAAAGAAAGUAGAACCCAUGAUUGACGAUGAUGAAAGAAAACUUUGGAGAAAUUGGACUUUCUUAAAGCACGAACUGCGGGUUGAAGAGUUGACAGAAGGGUUGUUCAAAGCAGGAAGAUUCGAUGCUGAAACCAAAGAAAUGAUAUUAACAGUUCAACCAAAUACGAAGUUCAUGAAAGCUGAAAAGUUUUUGAGUGCUUUAAUACGGUCAGGUAUAAAAGGUUACAAAACAUUCUGUAAACUGAUGAAGAGUGAUCCGUCAAACAGAUAUGCCGAAGUCAUGGAAAAGUUAGGAAUAUCUGAUCAAGAUUAUAUGUCGGAUUCUGUAUCACAGGCUGAGACGGAAGAUCAGAGGCCAAUAUCAGCAAAUUCAAGCAUGAGUGGUGGUACAGGAAUAAGCUCAAAAGAUGGGGAGACGGGAGAGAAGAAAAUAAAACCACCAGUACCAGAUAUUUUACGACAACUUCCGGCUUCAACAAAUGAAGGUGGUACAACAACGCCAAACUUACUGACGACUCCAACAAGUCUUAUUCGACAAGCCUCUGUAAUGAGCAUACCUAACAACGACACGGCGAAUGCUGUUUACGCUGUCAGAACGGCUCUGGAAUCUGGAGAAACAACAAAUACAGUAGCCGAUUUAACUACACUGGAAAAAGAACUGGUAAGAAUUGCACCUACAAUAGCUGAUCUUUUUCAGAGAAUAACAAAAUCUAAGGACGAGCAACCAAACGCUUCUUCAAUUGAAGAGUUAAACAAACUGAAAGAGGAAAAUGAGAGAUUACGAAAAACAAAUCGGACACUGAUUGAAAAGUUAAACAUUUUUCAACAACAGAUUAUUAACCUGCAGCUAGAGAAUAAAAAGUUGCGCGCUAACGAUAAAUGUGACCAAAAGUCAAAAGAAGAAUUGAACAAACGGAAUCAGGAACUCGAAAACUUGAGAAAGAAAUUUGAAGUACAACAGCAAGAACUUGAGCGAAAGGAGAUAGAACUCAAUACCCAGCUUCAAAAAAUACAUGAAAUAGAGGAGGAAAACGAACGACAGAAAAUUCAGAUAAUGAAGUUAGAAGUAUUACAUGACGAAAGUGUAGACGAUAGGAAAGAACAGCAAGAUCAGAUAGAACAACUGAUGAAAGAAAAAGCACAUCAACAGUAUCAAAUAAAUGCUUUGACAGAAAAACAAUCUGCAGACGAAGAACGCUUGCAAAAGAUGGAACAACGCUUACUUAUGCUUGAAAAUGUUGGAAGUGGAUCAAGAGCUUCAUAUUGGAAUAAUCGAAGUCGAGAUAAGAACAAACGGACCACUCGAAUCAUGUCUCCACCACGAUCGAUGCCAUGGAUGAACGGAGUUCUGAAUCGUUCGCAUAAUGCUAACGUUAAGUUUAACCCUCCCGCUCCACUCAAUAAACCUCCUCAAGAAAAAGGUUGGUCAUUCUGAGAAGAUAUCAAAACUGUGAUAACGCCAAGAUCGGCAAGAGGCAAUAGAAAUAAAAUAUAAACAAGAUAGUCUUAAAAGUGCACUUAUAAUGUGAAUUUUGAUAAAAUCACAUGUACACCUUUAAAAAAUAAUAUAAACUGUUGAUAGAGAUUUGAAAUUGAUUUUGCUUGUAUAAUGUUGUAUUUUACAUGAUGUAAUCGAAACAGACCAAUGUAAUUUUAGUUUGAUAAGAAUAUCAUUGUAAUUUCAUAAUUUAUUUGAUUUCGAGAUGAUAAGACAGUAACACAUUUUUUUUUCUCACGAUAACCAAUUUAUUUUAUAACAUGUGGCAACAGUUGAAAAAAUUAUCAAAGUGAGAAGAUUUUGUGUGAUGGUACAUUAGUAUUCAUUCAUACAAAUAAUAACUAAGUUCAUUUUUCACCUCCUAAUGAAAUUGAAUGUUAAAGGAUUUGCAAUCAAGCGGUUGUUUAUUUAUUAUAUUUCCGGUAUGUUACGUAUUUAUAAGCAACUGAUGCUAUAAUUAAAAUCUCAUUUUCGCAUUA